AUGAGUGAAGAAAGUUCAUCCGAAUCAUUGGUCGAACAAUUUGAAGUGGAAGCAGUAGUAGAUCAUAGGUGGAUUAAUGGAAAGAUCCAAUACCGUCUUCAUUGGAAAGGAUAUCCAGAUUCUGAAGAUACAUGGGAAGAAGAUAACGAAAAUUUACAACGCCAUGAUUUAAUUUCCAAUUACAUAGCUAGGAAGGGACCGAAAUCAAACUUUUUCGAUAUUUUUACAAAACAAAACGAAAUUCCAAAAGGUUUAAGGAUAGAAAUAAAGGAUGCAUAUAAGAAAGAUGGAGAAAUUAAGUACAAAACUGUAGAUUCGAAAGGAACAACUCGAAUUUUAUCUUCAACAGAAGCAGUCAGACAAUUUCCAUUAGAAGUUUUCGAAUAUUUACAAAAUGUAUAUCUAGAUAAGUAUCUUGAUUAA